UUCCCGCGAAAAUCUCUUGAAAAAUCAUAACCACCUCUCCACCUUCUCUCUUUCCCAGCAACUUUCAGUUCUUGCUUAUUCAAUUAGUUAAUGUCUUUCCUUUAAAAUUUUUUUUUUUCUCUCUGGCUUUCUUUCCUCUUGCCGCGGAAUCCGAUUUACCACAGGACUCCGCCAUGGAAGAUGAAUAGAUUAAUCCAGAACCCAAAGUCGCAGUUCCGCCAUCUUCGGCGUCUCCACCAACAACUCACUUCCCAAUCCCUCUCUGUCACAAACUCCGUUUCUGAAGUUCACCCUCUCCUUAUCCUAUGGCGGUACCAGAUCCUCGAUCCGGACAGCGACAUUGUCACCUAUUGGAAUUACGUCUUCCUUAUAACCUCUAUUAUUGCUCUCUUCAUCGAUCCUCUUUUCUUCUUCCUCCCUUAUGCGAAUUUCGACGGCCUCUGUUUAAGCAACGACAAUCAUCUCGCUAUCUUAAUCACCUAUUUUAGAUCAAUAUCUGAUUUAUUCUUCGUGCUGCAUAUAAUCAUGAAGUUUCGUACGGCUUUUGUUGCCCCGAAUUCUCGCGUUUUUGGGCGGGGCGAACUCGUCAUGGACGCUAAGGAGAUCGCCAUGCGUUAUCUUAAGUCCGAUUUUGUUAUUGAUUUAGCAGCCGCGCUUCCGCUUCCCCAGACUGUUAUUUGGGUAGUAAUUCCAGCUACAAGAGAUAGUAGAGCUGAUCAUGCCAACAAUACACUCUCUCUUAUGGUUCUUAUUCAAUAUAUUCCCAGAAUGUUUGUUAUCUUCCCCUUGCAUCAACGCAUUGUAAAAACUACUGGUUUUGUUGCUAAGACUGCCUGGGCAGGAGCUGCAUAUAAUCUCCUCCUUUACAUGCUUGCUAGUCAUACACUGGGAGCUUCAUGGUACCUGUUGUCUUUGAGUAGGGAAUUUUACUGCUGGAAAUCGGAGUGUUCAAAGGAGAAUAAAGGGGGACUUAUAGGUUGCAUUGAGAGUUUUCUAGAUUGUAACAGUUUGGGACAAUUCGAACGUCAAUAUUGGCGGAAUGUGACCCGUGUCCCUGCUAAUUGUGAUCCACAAGAUACAAAUAUCAGAUUUGAGUUUGGAAUAUUUGCUGAAGCUUUUACAAAUAAUGUUGCUGCCUCAACUUUCAUUGAGAAGUACUUGUACUGUCUCUGGUGGGGCUUAAGAAAUUUAAGCUCAUAUGCACAGACUUUGGAGACCACCACAUUUCUUGGUGAGAAUCUCUUCUGCAUUAUUACAUGCAUUCUCGGUUUAGUUCUCUCCGCACAGUUGAUUGGCAACAUGCAGACUAAUUUGCAAUCUAUGACGGUAAGAGUGGAAGAAUGGAGGAUUAAGCGAAGAGAUACAGAAGAGUGGAUGAGGCAUCGCCAAUUACCUCCAGAUUUGCAGGAUCGAGUUCGACGUUUUGUUCAGUACAAAUGGCUUGCUACAAGAGGAGUUCAUGAAGAAUCCAUUGUGAAGUCCCUGCCAUUGGACCUUCGACGAGAAAUUCAGCGACAUUUAUGUCUGGCCUUAGUUCGCCGCGUCCCAUUCUUUUCACAAAUGGAUGACCAGCUACUUGAUGCCAUAUGCGAACGCCUCGUCUCUUCUUUGAGUACUCAGGGAAACUAUAUAGUUCGAGAGGGUGAUCCAGUAAAUGAGAUGCUAUUUAUAAUCAGAGGACAAUUAGAAAGCUCAACAACUAAUGGAGGGAGGACCGGAUUCUUCAACUCCAUCACCCUUAGACCCGGUGAUUUCUGCGGCGAGGAAUUACUUACAUGGGCUCUUAUGCCCAAUUCUACUGCAAGCUUGCCUUCUUCAACUCGGACUGUAAAAGCACUUUCUGAAGUUGAAGCUUUCUCACUUCAAGCUGACGACCUUACAUUUUUCGCGAAACAAUUUAAGAGACUUCAAAGCAAGAAGCUACAACAUGCCUUUAGGUACUAUUCUCACCAAUGGAGAACAUGGGCUGCUUGCUUGAUACAAGCUGUUUGGAGAAGAUAUCAGAAAAGAAAGCUGGCAAAGGAGUUGGCAUCGCGAGAGAGUCUUUCUUACAUUAUGCUACCUGAGGAAGAGUAUGAAUAUUAUGAGGAUGAGAACGGUGAGAAAAUUGAAAAUCCACAGAAUGCCCAGCAGCUUGGAGCUACAAUCUUGGCUUCAAAAUUUGCUGCAAAUACAAGGAAAGGAACCCAUCAAAAAGUUCGUGAAUCUGGUUCUUCUAGUUAUAAGAUGCCCCAGUUGUUUAAACCACAAGAUUUCUCUAUAGACCGAGAAGAUGUUUAGUUAGUACAUAAACUAACCAGAAACUAAAUAAAUAAAUAAAAUGAGCCAAAGAGAAAUUAGUUAGGAACUUGUAUAAUAUUUAUGUAAAAUUUGUACUACUAGACUAGCAUCAAUAAUCAUAUUCACAACUCUAUACACUCAAUCACUUA